AUGGCGGCCAGCUCAAAAUAUGUUCUUGCUGAAGUUAGUAGCCUACUAACGACCCUCGAGGAACUAAAUGCCACAUUUCUAAGUGGAAAGACUCUUGAUGUUGAAUGGCGAAAAGAACAAUUGAGGUCACUUUGGCGCAUGAUAGAUGAAAACGAAACAAAAAUCUCGGAUGCUGUAUUCGCAGACCUUGGGAAACCAAGAGUGCAGACUCAAGUAUUGGAGAUGGGGAUGGUGAAGAAUGAUAUUGUCCAUUGCUUUCAGAAGCUCGACGAGUGGCUCGCUAUAGAAGCAGUCGAGGUCCCUCCACCUUUCGAGAAUUGGUCACCAGUCAUUGUACGAAGACCAAAGGGACUUUGUUUGGUCAUUGGAACCUGGAACUAUCCAAUUACUUUGACACUUUUAUCCAUGAUCGGUAUCAUUGCUUGCAGCAAUGUAGGAAUUCUCAAGCCUAGUGAACAUGCACCAAACACAGCAGCGAUACUCUCGGAAUUAAUUCCUAAGUAUCUCGACCCUGAAAGCUUCCGCGUCAUCAACGGUGGUGUAGACGUGGCACAAGCUCUUUUGAAAUUCCCAUAUGGUCACAUACUGUACACUGGCAGCACGAACAUUGGGAAGGAAGUGAUGAAAGCUGCAGCUGAACACCUCACUCCUGUCACUUUGGAACUAGGGGGAGGAAACUCUGUUGUUGUGACGGAGAAAGCAAACAUUGAACUUGCUGCGAAGAGAAUUGCUUGGGGAAAGUUUGCGAUUGCUGGUCAGACUUGCUUUGCUCCAAAUCAUGUUAUUGUCCAUGAAAGUGUCCACGACACUUUCGUGGCUGCUCUCCAAAAGAUUGUCAAGGUUGGCAAAAUCGUCAAUGCAAUCCACUGGAAGCGCAUCAUGUCUCUCCUCGCUUCCACCAAAGGAACCACUGUCUUCGGCCGAACAGGGAAAGAAAAUGAACUCUUUAUCUCACCAACAGUCGUCAAGGGCAUCUCUCCAGAAGAUCCCCUUGUCCAAACCGAGAUCUUCGGUCCCAUUCUUCCCAUCUUGAAAUACAGCACAGACUCCGAGGCGAAGAAUUUGCUUCAAACACUUUCUCCAGACGCACUGGGGCUCUAUAUCUUCACCGAAGACCUAACUGAAGCUCGAGAUAUACUUAAAUGGUGCACUGCAGGAACUGCGUGCAUCAACGAUGCUAUGGGGCAGAUUGCACCGACGAGUAUGCCAUUUGGUGGCGUGGGUGCGAGUGGAAUUGGGAGCUACAGGGGGAAAGCAAGUAUUGAUACAUUUUCUCAUAAGCAAGGAAUGGUAACAGUGCCUACUGCACCAGAAUUCGAGAAUUUGCUUGCGUGGAGGUAUCCGCAGAUGGAAUCUCAGGAGACGGUGGGAUUUGUGAAGGCGAAUUUGGAGAUGAAACUUUAA